AUGGCUGCUGAAAAGUCACGCUCUCGCUUUGUCGAGUCGGGAGUGCUUCAGCCGCCUAGUCCCACUGCCGACACGCAGACUUUGAAGAAGCUCGAGGGAGGGGAUUACCCAUAUCCCACUACUCAGAAGUCUCCAGAAUGGCUCUUCAAAGGAUACCCUCCUCCGUCUAGGUCCCCACACAGCUCCUAUUCGGGGACGCCUGCCAUGCAGCUCCCCGAGGCCAAGGAGCCAGCCAUGGUUGCUAAGUAUAUCGCUCGCCGCGCAACUCUGCUUGGCUGGUUCGAUGAGCCGGCUGCCGCUGCUAUUACCAGUGGCUGGUCGUCAACAUGCAUCGCGCUCAAGAAGCCCGACGGCUCUUAUACCUAUGCUCCAGACGAUCCGAGUCCGGACCUGGUGGCAGCCGUUGCUCGCUUGGAUGAGAGUGCUGUCGUUUCCAUGGUGUCUGAAGUGACCAACCAAGUUCUUGAUAGCAUCAAACCAGAGCAGGCCAGCCUGGUCAUUGAGAGUACCGGUGCCCGUAUCCCGAUCGUCGCCAGGCUGGCUGAUGUGCAGUCGCCACUUGUGCACUCGGCCAGCUCAUGCAUUAUCGCCGAGGAGCGGUGUGUUCUUAUCUGGUCCAAUGAGCCAAGAACCAUCAUCAAUGUAGCUCACAAUGUCGAGAAGCAAAUGCUGGGAUUUAUUGUCGGCCCAAACAUGCCGACCAACAUGCUUGCUCAGACCGAAGAGCAAUCAGUUGAAGGCCUUGUCACACCUGUCCGCGGUGCCAUCGACGAGAAGGAUGAAGUCUAUCAGCGCGCAAUCAAGGUCGAGGAGGGUGAGGGAGAAGGGGAGGAGGACAUUGAGGGCAAACAGCCUGUACGGCCUGUUCUGAGGGUACACUCAUUCCGAAUUGGCGUUGUAAUGAUCUUGGUGAUCCUAACGCAGAGCGUGGGUGUGUCAAAGCUCCUCCGGCAGUGGACUUGGGACGGUGACUGGAUGCGCUUCAUCCUGGUAGCUGUUAUUCCGCCUCUUUGCCUCCUGUCACUGUUCUUCUUCAUUGUUGUCGUGAGCAGUGUUUUCCAGCUCCUUCUCCCAGCUGGAAUGUGUCUGAGAAACUCGAAAUAUCACUCCGCUGUCAAGCCCAACCCCAAGCGCUAUCAAGACUAUGAGCUGCCACACAUCACAGUGCAGAUGCCUGUAUAUAAGGAGGGUCUCCGAGGUGUCAUCGUUCCGACCAUGGUCUCCGUCAUGGCCGCCAUCCAGCACUACGAGAAUCAAGGCGGCACAGCUUCUGUCUUCAUCAACGAUGAUGGUAUGCAGUGUAUCCAGCCUGAGUUGGCUGCAGCCCGUAAGCAGUACUACCGUGAAAACGGUAUUGGAUAUUGUGCACGGCUGCCAACCAUGAGAAGUCACAAGAGCGGGGGCUUCUUGUCGUGGUUCAAGCGAUCGCCCCCUAUUGACCCAGCAGUGGACAACCAGGACGAGAGCGAACUCAGCCCACAAGGUCGAGCCAACAAGCUCGGCUUUGUGCGCAAGGGAAAGUUCAAGAAGGCCAGCAACAUGAACUACUGCUUGGCUUUCUCUAACCGCGUCGAGGAUGAACUGCAUCGGCUGACGGAGCUGGAAUGUCAGACUCGCGACUGCACUUACGAGAGCCUGACAGCAGAAGAUGAUGACAGGCUCUAUGAAGUUGCGCUUCAGAACAUGCUCGAGGCUGACGAAGGCAAGACUUGGGCUGAGGGUAAUAUCCGUAUGGGUGAGAUCAUCUUGAUCAUUGACUGCGAUACCCGCGUUCCUGUCGACUGCCUACUAUACGGGGCUCUCGAGAUGCACGAGAGUCCUGAGGUGGCCAUUCUGCAGCAUGGCUCCGGUGUCAUGCAGGUUGCUCACAACAUCUUUGAGAACGGUAUCACCUACUUCACCAACAUUGUCUACACAGCCAUCAAAUAUGGCGUUGGCACUGGUGAUGUCGCCCCUUUUGUCGGUCACAACGCCUUUCUUCGUUGGAAAGCCAUCCAGAGCGUUGAAUUCGUUGAUCGAUCCGACGGCAUCACGAAAUGGUGGUCUGACACGCAUGUCUCUGAAGAUUUCGACAUCAGUUUGCGAAUUCAGAUGGCCGGCAUGGUCUGUCGUCUAGCCACCUAUCACAACGGGGGCUUCCAAGAGGGUGUCUCUUUGACUGUCUACGAUGAGUUGAACCGUUGGGAAAAGUACGCUUAUGGUUGUAACGAGCUCGUAUUUCAUCCGUUCUACCAGUGGAUUUACAAAGGGCCAGUAACCAGGCUGUUCUUCCGAUUCCUCUGGAGUAACAUGCCAGUCUCCAGUAAGGUCUCUAUCAUUGCCUACAUUUUUACCUACUAUGCUAUUGCUGCUGGCAUGCUUCUUACACUCGUCAACUAUGUCAUCGUCGGCUUGUUCUUUUAUGACCUCGACCAUUUCUAUACUCCAUCGUGGGGUAUCUGGGUGUCUCUGCUGGUUGUCUUUAACGGUGUCGCCUCCGUCUCAACCAGCAUGACCCGUCACCGACUCAAAGAAAAGUCAUUCUGGGUCGCCAUUCUUGAGACGGCCAAAUGGCUGCCAUUUCUGCUUCUAUUCUUUGGUGGCAUCAGCAUCAACUGUGCCAAGGCCUUGCUGUGUCACGCCUUUUCCAUCAACAUCGAAUGGGCGUCAACAUCAAAGGAGUUGGGUCCUACGGGCAUUUACAUCGGCCUGAACAAGAUGAUGCAUCGGUUCAAGUACACCUUCCUCAUCUGCAUCGUCAUCGCUGCUGGCAUGAUUUACAUGGCUGUUGGUGCACCCUGGGGCUGGACCAUCGCCCCUGGCCAGUUCUCGGCAGGCACAUACGCUAUCGUCCCUCUCGCUGUGCAAGUGUCCUGUGCAUUCACUCUUCCCCUGUUCCUUGGCUUGACAUGA